GUGUCCAUUUCGGAUGUGACCAGCAGUGAGUCGGGGACCAUACGCGACAAAUGGGGCAAUGAAAUUGAGUUUCUAUUCUCCUGUAUUGCCUUGUCCGUGGGUUUGGGUAAUGUUUGGCGUUUCCCCUUCAUUGCCCUGGCCAAUGGGGGUGGGGCAUUUGUUAUACCCUAUGUUAUUGUUUUGCUGCUUAUCGGCAGACCGGUUUAUUAUAUGGAGGUGAUAUUGGGCCAGUUUUCCAGUCGGGGAUGUGUUAAGGCAUUUGGUAUGGUGCCGUUGAUGAAGGGCAUUGCCUAUGGCCAGGUGUAUUCCACUGCCGUGGCCACCACCUAUUAUGCCAGCAUCAUGGCCCUGACCAUCAAAUACUUGAUUUCCUCCUUUGCCGACAUUUUGCCUUGGACCUAUUGCCGUCCGGAAUGGGGAGCCCAGUGUAUUGCCACGUCGGAGGCAAUACCACAAACGACGAAUGAAACCCUCAGCAAACAUGUCUCCUCAGCUGAAUUGUUUUUCACCAAAUCCGUUCUACGUGAAGCCGACUCCCUCGAAGAGGGUCUGGGCUGGCCCAGUUGGGAUUUGGUGCUUUGUCUAAUGGCUGCUUGGAUACUAAUUGCCAUCAUAUUAAUCAAAGGUAUACGCAGUUCGGGUAAGGCAUCCUAUUUCCUGGCUCUCUUUCCCUAUGUGGUCAUGUUUGUGCUGCUGUGGCGGGCGCUUACAUUGCCAGGAGCCUUGGAUGGAAUUGUGUACUUUUUGAAACCACAAUGGGAUCAGCUUUUAAAUCCACAAGUCUGGUACAAUGCCAUAACCCAAAUGUUCUUCUCCUUGGCCAUAUGUUUUGGUACUCUGGUCAUGUAUGCCUCCUUUAAUAAUUUUCGCAAAAAUGUUUACAGGGAUGUCAUUAUCAUCACCAGCGUGGAUUCCGUUACCUCCAUUCUGGCUGGCUGCAUUAUAUUCGGCAUCCUGGGCAAUCUGGCCUAUGAAACAAACACCUCGGAUAUUUCCAAAGUCGUAAAGGGAGGUGCCGGCCUGGCCUUCAUCUCCUAUCCCGAGGCCAUAGCCAAAUUCAAACAUCUACCUCAGGUCUUUGCGGUCCUGUUCUUUUUGAUGCUGCUGGUGCUGGGCAUGGGCAGCAAUGUCGGCAUGGCUUCGUGUGUGAUAACGGUAAUAAAGGAUCGCUUCACGUUUCUGUCACACUGGAUGUUGGCCGUUGCCAUGGCAGUGGUGGGUUUUGUGUGUGGCCUUGUCUACAUGACCCCCGGAGGACAAUUCAUUUUGAAUUUGGUGGAUUUCUUUGGCUGUUCGUUUAUUGCCCUCUUCUUGGCCAUUGCCGAGCUGAUGACAAUUGCCUGGAUUUAUGGUGUCAAACGUUUGUGCCAGGACAUUGAAUUUAUGUUGGGCGUAAAAACCGGCCUCUACUGGCGCAUCUGUUGGGCUCUCAUCACUCCCGGUUUGAUGUUUGCCGUCUUGGUUUACACUCUGAUUACCCUGGAACCAUUGACCUACAAUGGUGUUGGCUAUCCUGUAAGUGUUUACAAUGUGGCCUGGAUUUUAUGGGGCAUUGGUGUGGCUCAAUUGCCGCUGUGGGCCAUUCAUGCCAUUUACAAACAAAGAGGCAGCAGUUUUAUGGAGAAAUUCUACAAUUCAUUGAAACCCUGCCGCAACUGGGGCCCAGCGGAUCCAAAACUCUAUCAAGAGUAUUUGGUUUUUAGGAAUAAUUUACCUGAAGCUGAUGCACUGCCGAGAGAGCAUCCCCCUUCAUUGUGGUCUAGAUUUUGUAAUAAUAUCUUCCAUUGAGUUGAGAUUUGGAACUAUUGUUAGUUUUUAGGUAUUCAUGGAUGGGAAUGGAGUACCCCAUAUUGCCGUCUACAUACCACAUCCUAGAUAGCUGAUAUUUUGUAGUGCUCUUUAGAUAAAUAAUAACACAUAGUUUUAGUUCAACCAUGGACUGAAUAAUGUAUAGCCCAUGAAUUGCUUCCUUAUAUUUGCCCUGUUCCAGAACCUGUAAGAAUCUACU